GCCAGCCACUGAAGAGAACCCCUGGGGCAGGCAUAACAGGGCUGCAUAGACUGCUCUGGAGGCUUGAGUGGAGAAGGGUAAUAGGGGAUCUCCUCAUGUUCACCCUUUCUGGAACUUAACUGAUGUUUGUCAAGGUAUUCACUUCUCCAGAGCAUGUAAGAGCUGGAGACAGAGUAGGAGAAUUGUUUCAGGGAGUGUGGGACGAGGAAUUGGAGAUAAUGUCUGGACCACCAGACUCAGAUGAUGACAGAACCAUCAAAGACUUGAAUGUUGUGGGGAUGCUGCACAAGUUCUGGGAGCAGAAAUAUGUGAAAAGCACAAUGAUGGAGACAGAUAAUCUGGUAGUCUAUGAGUCCAUUCCCUCACCCAGCCCUCCAUACAUAUGCUACAUCACUUUACCAGGUGGAAGUUGCUUUGGAAAUGUUAAGUAUUGCUACAGUAAAGCAGAGGCCAGACGUGAUGCAGCUCGAAUCGCUUUGAUGAACUCCACGUUUAAUGAGUUGCCCUGCCGACAUAUCACUCCUGAGUUCAUAGCAUGCAGCAUUAAAGAGGCCGUCAGCACCACCAGUGGCAACAUUGCAGAUGCCUCUGACCCCAGUACCAGUAUAGGAGCCUACUGCCUCAUGCUGGAGAUGAACACUGGGAGAACCAUGUUGGAAUUUCAGGAAAUAAUGACAGUUUUUCAGCUUUUGCACUGGAAUGGCACCCUGAAGGCUUUUCGGGAGAUGAGAUGUAGCCGUCAGGAAGUGAUCGAUUACUAUUCACAACAGCAUCUGGACGAGUACACACGCAGCCACAUGGCUUUGGACUGGUUACAGAAGGAGCAUCAAUCCCCUGGACUGCUCUCCCAAGAGCUACAGCUGGCCAUGAAGGAGCUGGGGGAAGCCCGGCGGGCCGGCAGGGAACUCCGCUUCUACAAGGAGAAGAAAGAAAUCCUGAGCUUAGCUCUCAAUCACGCUAAUUCUGAGGAUUUGGAGGAAUACCACAGUGAGGAGGCAUCAUGGAAAGAAGACACUGGGUUUGAGUAUUACACUCAGGAGGGCCACUGUCUAGAGGGGAGUGUGGUGGAUUAUUCAGAGCAAUGUCACUUUCACUCUCGGGACAUUGUGAGUGAUGGAGAGUCUGUAGAAUGAGCUGUGUAAGACAGGAAGUCUUAUUUGCUCUGGACAAAAUAUACAUAAUGUAGUAAAGUUUGUUUUUCAUAGGAUAUCACUUUUUCUUUGUGUUUCAGAAUGUGAGAUUAGGAUAUGUUGCUGAUUUGUUGUCUUGGUCACAUUUCCAUAAUGAAUUGCUUAAGCAACCCUGCUUAAAAAAAAAGUUGGUUGGUUGGUCUUAGCUGGUUGCCCAGCCUGGGCAGCACUUCCCAAAAGCAUAGUAAGCCUAGAUUGUAGAAACCAUUGGCGCCAAUGGUCUCUACGAUCAACUUAAUCUUGUGAUGCUUUUGGGAAACUCAGCCCUGGUCAGUUGGCCGGUUUAGUAAAAUAAUGAGGUUACAUUAGCCACAUAUAGCUGGUGUUAAUAGUUUUAUCAGAAUAGGUGUGAUUAACACUGCGCUCUAGUUAUUUUAUUGUUCUGCUAGUUUGCCACAAGAGGGGGGUGUUUAUGUAAUUUUUAAUUAAACUUUCAGUUCUAGUUGAACAGGACAAAGCGCUAACAGCACUGACGUAAUUCAUUCUCUUUGACCUUAACUGUGAAUAGCUCUUUUAUUAUUAUUAUUAUUAUUAUUAUUAUUAUUAUUAUUAUUAUUAUUAUUAUUAUUAUUAUUUCAAACA